CACACCGCAGAGAAGCGGGGAGAGAGAGACGAAGGAGAUAGAGAUAGAGAGAGGGAGAGAGAGAAAAUAUUAUCAUUAAUCUGUCAAAGGCGAAUUUCUGCUCGCGCUGACGUUCGACCACAGGUGCGCGGUUUACUUUGUGGACUGUGAGCCGACGGUGUAGCGGCAGUAGGAGCGCGUGGCGCUUGUGUAACCUCGCGGAGUGUCGACGCUCGUCUUCCGCCGCCUGGUCGUUUCAGCACCGGACAGCGACACACCGGCGAGGCGAGACGCGUAGAACCAGGAGGGGGGGAACCCUGAGGUUGAGCGAGCCUCCCCCUUCCACCACCCCCACAAACGACACAACAACACAGCCCGUCCGACCCUCGCUUGGCUCGAGGGUUGGGGGGGCGGCAAUGCGCGGCUAGAUGACUCCGCCACAUCAACAAGCGCCACGGUAGUCCUGGACUAAUAAUACAGCAGAGCCACGUCCCCUCCUCUUCUUCCUCCUCCCCCCCUCACCUCCCUUCUGUCUCCAUUCGCUGAUUCCAAGUCCUCCUGACUAAAGGCACCAUGGGAAAUCGUGGCAUGGAGGAUCUGAUCCCGCUGGUCAACCGGUUGCAGGAUGCCUUCAGCUCCAUCGGCCAGGCCUGCAACCUGGAUCUGCCGCAAAUUGCGGUGGUCGGCGGGCAGAGCGCAGGCAAGAGCUCCGUGCUGGAGAACUUCGUCGGCAGGGACUUUCUGCCCCGCGGUUCUGGUAUCGUCACCCGCAGGCCUCUGGUUCUGCAGCUCAUCAGUGCAAACGCUGAAUGGGCUGAAUUCCUCCACUGCAAGGGGAAAAAGUUCACCGACUUUGACGAGGUGCGCCAAGAGAUUGAGGGCGAGACCGAUCGGGUCACGGGGGCCAACAAAGGCAUAUCUCCCGUUCCCAUCAACCUGCGGGUUUACUCCCCUCACGUGCUGAAUCUGACCCUCAUCGACCUGCCGGGAAUCACCAAGGUGCCAGUUGGAGACCAGCCUGUGGACAUCGAGCAACAGAUAAGGGACAUGAUCAUGCAGUUCAUCAGCAGAGAGAGUUGCCUGAUCCUGGCCGUCACCCCAGCAAACACCGACCUGGCCAACUCCGACGCCCUCAAACUGGCGAAGGACGUUGACCCCCAGGGUUUAAGGACCAUUGGAGUGAUCACCAAACUGGAUCUGAUGGAUGAGGGAACAGACGCCCGAGACGUUCUGGAGAACAAACUGCUGCCGCUACGAAGAGGGUAUAUUGGYGUGGUGAACCGCAGUCAGAAGGACAUUGAUGGCAAGAAGGACAUUAAGGCGGCUUUGGAGGCUGAGAGGAAGUUCUUCCUGUCCCACCCCAGUUACAGGCACAUAGCCGACAAAAUGGGCACCCCUCGCCUGCAGCAAGUGCUCAACCAGCAACUGACCAACCACAUUCGGGACACCCUGCCAGCUUUCCGCAGUAAGCUGCAGGCCCAGCUGUUGGCUCUAGACAAGGAGGCGGAGGAAUACCGGGGAUACCGGCCCGAUGACCCGUCUCGCAAAACCAAGCAGCUGUUACAGAUGGUGCAACAGUUCUCUGUUGAUUUUGAGAAGAGGAUUGAAGGCUCGGGGGAUCAGGUGGACACGGUGGAGCUGUCCGGUGGAGCGAAAAUUAAUCGCAUCUUUCAUGAGCGCUUCCCUUUUGAACUCGUCAAGAUGGAGUGUGAUGACAAGGAGAUGCGGCGUGAGAUCAGCUAUGCCAUCAAGAACAUUCAUGGUAUCAGAACUGGGCUUUUCACCCCUGAUAUGGCGUUUGAGGCCAUAGUGAAGAAGCAGAUUGUGAAGCUGAAGGAGCCAUGCAUCAAAUGUGUGGACAUGGUCAUCCAAGAGCUGAUCAACACCGUGCGCCAGUGCUCCAACAAGCUGGAAUGCUUCCCGACACUCCGUGAGGAAACCGAGAGGAUCGUCACCUCUCACAUCCGGGACAGGGAGAGUCGCGCCAAGGACCAGGUUCUCCUGCUGAUUGAUCUGCAGCUCUCUUACAUAAACACCAAUCAUGAGGAUUUCAUUGGCUUUGCUAGCGCUCAGCAGAGGAGCAGUCAGACUAAUAAGAGCCAGAGUUCAGCAGGAAAUCAGGUCAUCCGUAAAGGCUGGUUGACCAUCAACAACAUCAGCAUAAUUAAGGGAGGAGCCAAGGAAUACUGGUUUGUKCUCACUGCCGAGAGUCUCUCCUGGUUCAAGGACGAUGAGGAGAAGGAGAAGAAGUACAUGCUCCCCCUGGACAACCUGAAGGUCCGMGAUGUGGAGAAAAGUUUCAUGUCCAGCAAACACAUAUUCUCCAUCUUCAACACAGAAUCCAGGAACGUCUACAAGGACAAUCGCACUCUGGAGUUGGCCUGUGACUCCCAGGAUGACGUGGACAGCUGGAAGUCGUCCCUCCUCCGUGCCGGGGUCUACCCUGACAAGACCACCACGGUUGAGAGCGAGACAACCACCACCACCGACAACUUCUCCAUGGACCCUCAGCUGGAGCGCAAAGUGGAAACCAUCCGCAACCUGGUGGAUUCCUACAUGGCUAUCGUCAACAAGUGCAUCCGGGAUCUCAUCCCAAAGACCAUCAUGCAUCUGAUGAUCAACAAUGUGAAGGACUUCAUCAAUGCAGAGCUGCUGGCGUGCCUGUACUCUGCAGGUGACCAGAAUGCCCUGAUGGAUGAGUCCCAGGAGCAGGCCCAGAGGAGGGACGAGGUGCUGAGGACCCACCAGGCCCUGAAGGAGGCCCUGGCCAUCAUAGGUGACAUCUCUACAUCCACCAUCACAACCCCCAUGCCUCCGCCUGUUGACAACUCCUGGGUGGGAGGAUCCACCGGCGGUCGCAGGUCUCCUCCUCCGAGUCCCACGGCCCCCAGAAGGAUGUCUUCGGGCCAGCGGCCAGCGCCCAGAGGGGCCCCACCACCACCAAACCGUCCAGGACCUUUGGGACCCUUCAAUAACAGUGCUGAUAGCCCCCAGGCACCCAGCCGCCCCAACAGGGCCCCCCCUAGCAUCCCCAGCCGGCGACCACCGCCGUCUCCUACAAGACAAGCCCCGCCAUAAUCACCCAACCGGGGUGACUUCCCCUCGUCCRCUCUCCUCCUGUCUCCCACGCCUCUCUCUUAGCCAUGGCUCUGCUGUCCUCGUCUCUCCUUAGCGAAGACGCCCGCCAARGUCUUUGACCCCUUCAACCUCAGUUUCCCGCCAGGUGAAGACGUUCAUAUAUUUAUGUACAGUACGGUACUCGUCUUGUGGUGUAUGUAUAUGUGCGCUUGUUGCUCACCUGUGAUCCAGGUUCGCUUAGCAGGUCCACUACCCUGAAACCCCCGCCCUCCCUUUCCCUCUCAUACCUACAACCCCUACGGUUCAACCAGCACCCCCAGUCGCUGCUUCUACAUAAAAAAAACAAAAACAAAAAAACAAAUAAAAAAUAGGCUCAGCAGUCAUACUGCCCUACUCAUUCCAAAACGCAGCAUGCCACAUAAGCUGCUUUUAUUGCAUGGGAGUGUAUGCGUGUGUGUGCGUGUGUGUGUUUUCGGGGGAGGGAUUAAUUUGCCUAUAUGUAGGCUGAGUUUGAUUUAGUAUUGUAUUAAUUUAUUGUAUAAUGCCCCCGUCCCCCUCUCCCCCGCUGAGUGUUGAUGUUCUUUUAGGAACAGAAGUUGUAUCUUAGUAUAAGUGCGUAUAAGCGUGUUUUUUUUUUUUUUUUGUUUCUUUCUGUGUGAAUAAUACAUUGUACAUGUGCGUGUGUGUGCGUGUGUGUGUGUGUGCGUGCGUGUGUGUGCGUGUGUGUGUGAGGACACGUGUGCAUGUGCCGUCUCUGCACGUUUGUUGGCGUUUCAGUUCUGUUUGUUUUCACUGUCAAAGCUGUUAAUGAUGAAUCAUAUAAAAAAAAAACCCUGCGGGGGGAACAUUCAGUGUUUGACUUUUGUGAGCUGUUCCUGUGUUGUAGUAGCAGCCAUACACACAUAGCAAGGCUGAGGAGCACCUUCGAUAUUCUCUAUAUGGAAAAACAGCCUCGACAACACGUUUAACCUCGYCAUAGGUGUCCACCUGUGCUGUACCAUGGUCAGAUUGUGACCCCCGAACCGAAGGGCCUCAAGCUCCCAUUCAGAUGCUGACUGGAACUGAAGCUUUGGYAAAAACUAACAAUUAAACAACAAAAACAAAAAGCAAAGGCAGAACAACUUAUUUGAUGCUCCAUUCAUCUACAUUCUUAAAACGGCUGGGUUUAAAUAGACCCAAUUUAGGUUGUUACUGAGUCCUGSGUCAACGAGUUGAUUUAGCGCAACACGUUUGGUUAUGGGUUAGCGCCAGCAUUAAUUUUACCCAAAAUAUGUUAAAAGUAGUGCUGUCAAUUGAUWAAAAAAAAWKUAUUAAAUAAAUUGUACUCUAGCACUUUGAUUAAUCACGAUUGAAAUGUAAAAAUYCACGUCAUCAUAAAAAUGUUAAAGGAAAUCUAUUGUUGUCUGAAAUCAAAACGUUUCAGUUUUCCAGGUUUUCAUAUUCRGGAUUUUGUUUCAAACUUAAUUUAAAAACGUUAGCUAUGAACUGGUUGUSCUUCGGUGGAAAGAUARCAAAUAAGUACAUACUACCUUAGUUUAAUCCAAACCUCCAUCAUACUGUUUUCACCUUUUAACUCGCGGUUGCGACUCUUUGCUGACCAUUCAAAAUGGCGGUCUGUGAAGAGUGAUGAGGCUCCUGCUAGCUUAACCCAUCAAACUUGGUCUUGAUGCUAGGCCCAGUGUUUGGUUAAAACUACCCAGUUUCUAUGUCUUAAACACAACAUUUCUGCUUAAGAAAUUACCCAGCUGUUUUCAGAGUGGAUCCAUAGAGGAUUACAGGCGGAGGAUUAGAGUCUAUUCCGGAUGCCAAUGGGUUCCUUCCAGUUAGUCUUUUUUUCUCAGGUCUGACCCAAACGUUUAUACCCAUCACAAACUUCCCCUCUUGUUUCAGCCCACUCGUUGUUUCCGCUCAAAACCCAGACCCCGCUCCGUCAGCAUUUGUAUCAGAGCUUAAGGUCGUAUCGUCAGUGUUCAAGUGCUUCUCUGUCACUUUGUUAUUGUGUAUGUAAGCCUAAGCUGUAUUCUGAUGUAUAUAGGUAAUGAUAAGGACAUAGUGUACCAGUGGACUUUACAGACCUCGUCAAGAAUCCUAGCGCUUUAAUCGUUCUCUUUGUCUGUAUUCACUAUAUUCUCUCCUCUCUCUAAUUUAGACUGCCUUAAUGGCAUGGRUUAUAAUUCUUUAUUGCCAAARUUAAACACAGAAGGAGAAUCAUGAAAUGAAGAAAAAGAAAUGAAGCUAAAGAUUCCAGUUGAUGUGAAAUUGKCUAAAAUUGUUUAGCAGAGAACGUGUUGUUCAAUUUGGAAAUGCACAAGUUGUUAAUUUUCUGUGUCUGUAUUGCUCCUCAAUAAACUUCUUCCUCAUAAUGUC